AUGUCAACCCCCAAUUUGAAAGAAAUCCAUGACUUUCUAGUCUCGCUAGCCUACAAGGCUGGAGAUAUCAUCAACAAUGCCCUCCCAGACAACAGCGGCACUGGCUCGAAGAAGAACAGUGCCGAUCUAGUCACUGAGUAUGACCGCGCCGUCGAGAACAUGAUCUCGACUUCAUUGAAAGAGAAAUACCCCGAUUACGAAUUCCACGGAGAAGAAACCUACGACCCCGCGAGCCCCAUAACAGACGCCCCAACCUUCGUCGUAGACCCGAUCGACGGCACCGUCAACUUCGUCCACAGCUUCCCCUACGCCUGCGUGUCGCUCGGUUUCGCCAUCAGCCGAGUCCCCGCCGUAGGAGUCGUCUACAACCCCUUCACCAAGACUCUCUGGUCAGGUAUUCGAGGCCAGGGUGCGUUCCGCAACCAGGAGACUCGUCUUCCCCUGAAGGGUGACAACGUCGAGCCUCUGUCCGGUUUGCCCAAUGCGCUGGUUGCUAUUGAAUGGGGCUCGGACCGUACUGGACCUAAUUGGGAGACGAAGGUGCGCACAUUUGAGAAACUGGGUCAGUCGAAGGAGGAUGGGGGUGCGAUGGUUCGCUCGUUCCGGAGUUUGGGGUCGGCGGCGCUUAAUAUAUGUGCUGUUGCGGAGGGCACGAUGGAUCUUUACUGGGAGGGUGGGUGUUGGGCGUGGGAUGUUUGUGCUGCUUGGGUGAUCUUGGCUGAGGCGGGAGGUAUUAUGGUGGAUGGUAACCCUGGAGGCUGGGAGACUGCUCUGGAUGGUCGGAGGUACUUGGCUAUCCGAGGUGCACCGGAGGCUGGUCAGAAGGAGCUGGUGGAGGAAUUCUGGAGCUAUAUCCAGGGCAGAUUGGAGUAUUAG